AUGGCUCAGGCACUCCCAGCGCAUGGCGGGCGACGCCGGCAAGCUGAUGGGCGGGCAUGGGCUGGCCGAUCAGGUUGGAGUGGCAUAUGGGUGAGUGCACUCGCAGCACAGCGGCAUGCGUUUCGAAUGCACGGAACGCAGGUGCUCACUGCCGAGCUGUUGCAAGAAGCUUCCGACGAGACAUCGAACUCGGUGAUAACAUCUUUGCAGGCACUGCCCAGCUUUCAGUUGUUGGCGAGGUUGGAGGCAGAGGCAGCCAUGCUGCGCGACAAGGAGGACGAAGACAAGCUUGCCAAAGGCGUGGCCGAGGCCGUGGCAAGGGGUGUUCUGCAGGAUCACCCUCGAGUGGAACCCACGUUCCAGAUCGAGGCGGAAGGGAAGUCAGUGAGAGUCAUUGCUGAUGAGAUUCGGCUCAAGCUUGGCCGUGCUCCUGAACGCGGAUGUGUAGUGGUUAUACAAGGCAGCAGCGGAACAGGAAAGAGCACUCUCGUCAAGAAGCUUCAGGCUGGCAUGCCCAAGGCUGCGUGCUGGUCAAACGGUAAUGUCUUUCGUGCCCUGACAUUGCUGGCCCUGCGCAUGUGCCCGGAUCUGAAGCCAGAAAAGCUGACGCACCAAUUCGUGGAAACGCUCAUCUCACGCUUGGAGUUCGGCAAGUUCAAGGGAGACUUUGACAUUCAAAUCAAAGGCCUGGACCAGGAUCUCCUCGUCUCCGAGAUCGCCAAUACACUGCUGAAAGAGCCCGAAGUCGGUAGCUUCGUCCCGAUGAUCGCCGCAAAGAUGCAAGGUGAGGUCGUGAGCUUUGCGGCAAGGGCGGCUUGCAAGAUGCAAGCAGCUGGCAUGAAUGUUUUAAUGGAAGGCCGCUCACAGUCCUUGGAUUAUGUCCGGACACCACACCGCUUCGAGCUGUCAAUGAGGGAUCCGAUCGCCAUCGGAUAUAGACGAGCCGCGCAACGUGUAGCGGGCGCAGCUCGGGACGAGAUGAUGCGCGAUGCGAAGAACGUGCGUGCAGCCCUCACAUCGGCACUGUCUCGCCUGUCUGCUACCGAGAAGACGAUGCACAGCAAAAGGUCGCAGGGGAAAGCUGGACAAAUUUGUGUCCUGGCGCGGGACAGGUCUCAGAACGGCACCGGCUUAUGCAAGUUGGGGCCGGACGGUUUCCCUGAUUUGGCCAACAUCCUGCGACUGGGAGGUCCUCCAGAGGUGCUGGAAGACGGGCAUGUCCUGGUCGUCCCUCUCCGGAGCAAAUGCCGGAAUGUUCGUCAGAACGAGGUGCUGGAGACCAGCCUCUUCCACUUUUAUUCGUACCGUGCUGGCAUUGUGUGGCCUCCCCCUUCGAUCCGCUUGCGGGCCCAAG